AUGGAUCCAUUAUUUAACUCCUCCGAUGGGCCAAACGGGACAUUCCGCUCCAACGGAACCGGUAACGGGACGGCCUUCUGGAACCAGUUCGUGCAGCCGGUCUGGAGGAUCGUCCUCUGGGCCAUGGCCUACAGUUGUAUAGUUGUCGUAUCCGUGGUGGGCAACGUGACAGUGAUCUGGAUCAUCAUGGCGCACAAACGCAUGAGAACCGUCACCAACUAUUUCCUGCUCAACCUCGCGUUCGCCGAAGCGUCCAUGUCCGCCUUCAACACGGUGGUCAACUUCACCUACGCCGUGCACAACGAGUGGUACUUCGGCCUGGUCUACUGCCGCUUCCACAACUUUUUCCCCAUCGCCGCUGUCUUCGCCAGCAUCUACUCCAUGACGGCCAUCGCCCUGGACAGGUACAUGGCCAUCAUCCACCCCCUACAGCAGCGCAUGUCAUCCACCGAGACCAAAAUCGUAGUGGGUGUGAUCUGGGUUUUGGCUCUGCUUCUUGCCUUUCCUCAGUACUACUACUCUACUAUGGACCAGCUACCUGGAAGGGUAGUAUGCUACAUUGAAUGGCCUGAAUAUUCCUUGUGCGACUUCAAAAAGAUGUACCAUGUAUGUGUUGCCAUCCUGAUCUACUUCCUUCCUCUGCUGGUGAUGGGUUGUGCUUACCUGGUAGUGGGACUAACACUCUGGGCCAGUGAAAUCCCUGGAGACUCUUCAGACCGCUACAAGGAGCAGCUGAAUGCCAAGCGAAAGGUAGUGAAGAUGAUGAUAGUGGUGGUAUGUACAUUUGCCAUCUGUUGGCUGCCCUAUCAUGUCUACUUCCUGCUGCACCAGUUUUUCCCAAAGUUGUUUGAAGAAACCUUCAUCCAGCAGUUCUACCUGGCCAUUAUGUGGUUGGCCAUGAGCUCAACAAUGUACAACCCCAUCAUCUACUGCUGCCUCAAUGACAGGUUUCGUGCUGGUUUUAAACAAGCAUUCCGCUGCUGUCCCUGUGUCCUCCAAGGUUCCUAUGAGGGCCUUGAACUCAAGUCCACCCGCUAUCUUCAGACCCAGACAAGCAUUUACAAAGGCAGCCGAAUGGAGACCACCAUAUCUACUGUUCUUCGAGCUGGGGAAGAACCAGAACAGCUUAAAGCCAGGGGUAAAGAAGGCCAUGGACCUGGUGGGGCUAUGGCUGUGGUGAGACCACAUAUUUCAGCACUGGACCUCACAUCAAAUGAGUCAUUGUCUCGAAGCAUCUCCAAAACAGUUUCAGAGACAUCAAGUUUUUUCUCCAGUAACAACCUGUAG